GGUGUUGCGAAUCUUAACCUUGUUUACCUUGAAACUGCUUUCAAGUAGAAAUUGUAACUUGGUUACAAAAAGAGUGUUCUGACACGGGAGUUGAGCAACUAACGUCAACACGACACCGGUACUUGGCACAGACAGACAGGCAGGUUUGCUGCUCAGUCUUGUCAUUACCUUGCAGCAUGGAUCUUGCCGUUGUUGCCAGCUGGUCCACUCUGCGGAUCCGACGUAUGUCCAGAAACGUUAAUGGCCGGACGAUGAAAACAUGAGCAAUAAGUGCAGAGCAGUGAUGUCACAGAACUGAGGAUAGUCUCAUACAAUAUGGAGUCUGGUGAGCCGCUGGCCUCCCCAUCUUCUGCCCAAUCCUCCCUUCACAUGGCCUCCUCCUCAGCCAGCUCCUCCCCUGCUCCACCCCAGACACCCUCCACCAAAUGCAGCACUGCCCCUAACCCUGCAGGCAGUUCCCGUCUCACCACCUGUGGUCAGUUGCUACAGAUGACAGGGGAUGAAUCCUUAAAUACAUCUGGCAGCUCCCACAGUUUUCCCUUAGUCAGCCAUCCUGCUUUUGGGCUCUACACAUCACGUUCAGGCCGUUCUGAGUUUGGAGGCCUUGGUAGUCUGGGUUUGUCUGCCUUGGCUGCUCACUCCCAGUUUGGUGCAUUUCCGGACUGGUGGCGGCCAUCUGAAACACAUACCAGAGGAGCAGCAGCCUUCUUCCCUCCUCUUCUUGGUCUGCAUCCUGUAUUUGCAUCAACCUUCAAGAGCCGUGAUCCCGCUCACCUACAGUCCCGUACCUCAGGUGUGAAUGGAACAGUGAAUGGUAGGAGUGCUUCCUCUCCUACUGGGAACUCUGCUGUGAACACCAUUUCAUUUCCAGCAAAAGGAAACAAGGAGAAAAUUAAAGCCAACAGUAGUCGGAGUCAAAAGAACACUCAGGACCCAGGCAAACUACACCAGAAGACUGGUCAGAAAACAAAAGAAAAGAAACCCAGUAAAAGACCACUAGAGACCUCAAGCAUGAGCGGCAGCCAGUCAGGAUCCUUGUCAGAUAGCUCCAGUGAUGGUGAGGAGAGCAGCAGUGAUCCUGAUGACAUGGAGGAUGAAGAAGAAGAGGACAAUGAUGAAGAUGAGGAUGUUCAGAGCAGUGCCAGUGAGGACUCUGAUUCAGAGAUUCCAGUUAAACGGAAAGUCAAGCGGCUGACACAGAACACUUCUGAGAGUAAAAAUAAUAGACCUCGCACUGGCGAUGGAAAUACAACUGAAGACAGUCAUUGUGAUAGUGUUCCUUUGACUUCCUCGUACCACCUCCAGUCCUCUUCCGAUCCUGCUGGUCGGCCUCAGUUCACAGCACUGUUUCUCCAGAGCUCCAGGACUGCAGUGGAAAAAGACCAGCAACACAUAAGUGUCAUCCAGGCCACAGGGGUGGCAGCAAGUAACAGUCCCUUAGCACAUUUCCACAGGGAGGCCUCUCCUCUGCCCUCCAGGUCCUCACCCAACCCCAUAUCUUUCUCCAACUCACCCAAACACUUACCUCCUUCCACUUUACCAAAGCACUUCUCUCAUUUGUCCUCACCACAGUAUAGCUCUGUCUCUUCCUCUCCCAAACCUCUUGCUCUCUGUUCCCCUAUGAAACCCCUGUCUCUGGGUUCCUCACCUAAACCCUCAUGUCUUUCUUCACCCAAACCACCAACACUAUUAGCCUCACAAAAGCCCUCCCAUAAACAAAGAUUUUUGAUGCCCUCUCCCAAGCACACACAGCCUUUUGAUAGCCUGAAGGAGAGCAUUGGAAACGUCCCAGAUGAAAUGUCAUUAUACUUCAACAGUUUUAAAUUGAAAAAGCCCCUCCAUUCUAAGGACUCUUUCAAGCAGGCUUUCUCUCUGCAACCUUCCAGCCAGAACUGGUAUAAAAGUCACAAAAACUUAUCAUCCUCUUCACCAAUGCUGACACCACCUAAAUAUUUGUCAAAUAUGUUAAGUAGUCAUUUGCCGUCUCUCUCACACAGCAAUGGCACCAAUCUGUUCCUGAACCAUUGCCCUAAUGGAGCGAUCCCUGGCGAAGUUCAGGAUGCCCCUUUGGCUCUCAUCGCUAAUGCCCGCAGCCAGAGCAGCACCCACAACAGCAAGCAACUUCUGGAAGCUACCAGCCCUUCCAACCCAAUGCCCAUCAACUUGAGUACUGACACCGAGGAACCAUCAGGGAGCUCUGCUUCCCCUCUUAAAUCUUCUGCCUCAUCAGGACUUGCUCACAGAUCAAGGAAGACCAAGACUCCCAAAUCUUUGUAUACAGGAAAGAGCCUCCCUAAAACCAACUCAUCCCGUCCACCUGUAGAUUUGGUCAGAGGCAGUGAGUCCGAUAUCCCAAGCAGCAAAAACUCAGACUCAGACUCUUUAGGAGAUGACUUUGAUGAUGACGAUGAAGACGAUGAGGAUGAUAUUGAAGAUGAAGAUUCUGGGAGUAGUCUGUCAGAGUCAGAGAGCAAUCUGGAGAGCGACUCUGAUGGCUCUGAGGAUGACAUGAAAGAGCGCGGUGAGACAGAAGCAGAUAGCGAUGCAGAAAGGACUCCUCUGAAACCAGCCAAAGCGUCAUUGUCUACUCAAAAGUCCUCGUCGAACCUCUCAGCCAACUGCUCCCUGCUUAACCUUCAGAUCAUCAAGCCUCCUAGUUUACCUAGUAGUCCAUUCACCCCCACUACACUGUCCAGCUCAGGGGCAUUGAGCAACCACAGCACCCCGUCCCCAUCCUUCACAUUUGCUUCACUGCCAGGAUCAGGAAAGAGGAGGAGAGUGACAGAUGAGAGUGUUCUACGAUUGCCUCUUAAGUUUGGGUGGCAGAGAGAGACCCGGAUCAGGACUGUGGGAGGUCGUCUACAAGGGGAGGUGACUUACUUUGCCCCAUGUGGGAAGAAGCUGCGUCAGUAUCCUGACGUAAUGAAGUACUUACUCCGGAAUGGAAUAACUGAAAUCUCACGGGAUAACUUCAGCUUUAGUACAAAAAUUAAAGUUGGUGACUUUUAUGAAGCCAGAGAACGACCAGAGGGUGUACAGUGGUUCAUGCUGGCUGAGGAGGAGAUUGCUCCCAGUAUCAUAGCAAUGGAUGGGAGGCGCAGCCGGCGCUUAAAGUCUGACCACCAGCCAACAGGUGAUGGCACUGGAGCCCGACAAUGGAAGGCUCAUCCUCUACAUGUUGGUGAAAAUAACUUCCAAGAUGUCAGUAAUGCCAAGCUGCUACGUAAACUGGAGGCUCAAGAAAUAGCUCGACAGGCAGCUCAAAUCAAAUUGAUGAGAAAACUAGAGAAGCAGGCCAUGGCGCAAGCAGCCAAGGAGGCAAGGAAACAACAAGCAAUCAUGGCCGCUGAGGAAAGACGAAAAAAGAGAGAGCAGAUGAAGAUUCUUAAACAGCAAGAGAAGAUCAAGCGCAUUCAGCAAAUUCGUAUGGAGAAAGAACUCCGUGCACAGCAAAUUCUUGAGGCUAAAAGAAAGAAAAAGGAAGAAGCAGCCAAUGCCAGAAUAUUGGAGGCUGAGAAACGAAACAAGGAGAAGGAGAUACGAAGACUGCAAGCUGUCAUACUGAAGCACCAGGAGUUGGAGAGGCAUAGACUAGAUAUGGAGAGGGAAAGACGCAGGCAGCACAUGAUGCUCAUGAAGGCUGUAGAGACCCGUAAGAAGGCAGAGGAGAAAGAGCGUCUGAAGAAAGAGAAGAAGGAUGAGAAACGGUUAAACAAGGAGAGGAAACUAGAGCUCAGAAGACUGGUACUGGAAAAAGCGAAGGAGCUGAAGAAGCCAAAUGAAGACAUGUGUUUAGCGGAUCAUAAGCGGCUUCCAGAGUUGUCACGUAUCCCUGGUCUGGUCUUAACAGGAAGCACCUUCUCUGACUGCCUAAUGGUGUUGCAGUUUCUGCGCAGCUUUGGGAGGAUCCUGGGAUUAAACAUGAAUUUAAACACCCUCAACAUAAGUGACCUUCAAGAGGGGUUACUCAACAUCAGAGACAGUAUGGGCAAGGUGCAGGACCUACUGGUGAGCAUGCUCUCUGCAGCUGUGUGUGAUCCUGGUAUACCUGCAGGUCACAAGAGCAAAACCAGCUUGGGGGACCACUUGUCUAAUGUGGAGAUCAACCGAGACAAUGUGUCUGAGAUCCUGCAGAUCUACAUGGAGGGCCAUUGUGAGCAGACAGAGCUGGCUGCUCUGGCCCUCAGCCUCAGGACUAAGGCUUUUCAGGCCCACAGUCCGUCCCAGAAGGCCUCCAUGCUAGCAUUCCUGGUUAAUGAGCUCUGCUGCAGUAAAGCUGUGAUCAGUGAGAUCGACAAAAACAUAGAUCACAUGACCAACCUGAGGAAGGAUAAGUGGGUUGUUGAGGGAAAGCUUCGCAAACUGAGGAGCAUCCAUGCCAAGAGGACAGGGAAGAGAGACAGCAGUGUGGGAGGAGAGGACAGCCACGCCCUUAUCAUCCCCACUGCCAGAAGCAAAUGCAAGAGGAAAGAAGGGGGGGACAGUGAGGAAGAAGAGGACGAGGAUGAUGAGAGUGAGGACCAAGGAGAUGAUGAGGAGGAGGAGGAAGAAGAUUCAGGGGGAAAGAAAGGGAAGAAAACAGAGAUAUGUGAAGAGGAGGACGACAGUGUAAACUCAGCCAGCGUGGAGGAGCUGGAGAAACAGAUUGAGAAAACAUACAAGCAACAGAGUCAGAUCAGACAGAAGCUGUUUGACUCAUCUCACUCACUGCGCUCAAUGAUGAUUGGACAGGACCGCUACAAGAGGCGUUACUGGGUCCUCCCACAGUGUGGUGGCCUCUUUGUUGAAGGCAUGGAGAGUGGCGAAGGUUAUGAAGAGGUGGAGAAAGAGAAGGAAAGACAUGAGACUGCUCAGGUAAUCAGGGUAAAGGAGGAGCAGCUGGAAGAGACAAAGAAGCCAGUGGUAUCCAGCCCAGCACAGAUCACAUAUGGUGAUACAGCCACACCAGGGAGCCAGCAGGACAAAGACAGUCUCAAUCUCUUCCUCCAGAAACCUGGCUCCCUAUCUAAGCUCAGCAAACUCCUUGAAGUAGCUAAAAUGGCUCAAGAUUCAGACAUCAGCUCUCACAACAGUCAGAACAGUCAUUCUGCUAAAAUCCCUACCACUGCAACUUAUCCCUCACAUCCCACCUCUCAGACAGGAAUAUCCCACAUCCCCAAGCCUGCAGCCCCUCAGCAGGGACUCACAGAUAAAACGGACACUUCAGUGCCCUCUCUGCUCAGUGCCCCGCAGCUCAAAAGCAGCCCCUGGAUAACCUGCAGCCCCCGGUCUGUCCUUCAUGACGACCAGCUCUCCAAGAUACUGAUGGAAAAGAGCAACCAGUGGUUUAGCCUCUUGCCUCGCUCUCCUUGCGACGAGUCCUCGGUCACCUCUGGCUCCAGUCCUCCAGCCUGCUCAUCUUCUCCACAGACCAUAAGCACCAAAUCCCCCUCCUCCCUCUCUCCUAAUCCCCCAGCUACAGCCAGCUAUAGCGCUCCUGCUAGGAUCAAUAACAUACAAUCGCCUGUCCUUCAGCAAGUAAAGUCUGGCAUUCAGCGAAGGAGACUGACAGUGUGUGACAUGUCGAGCGCAGCGACAACCCUGCCCUUCCCUGGCACUUCUCUACCCCCUGUGCUGGAUCUGGCCUGUCAGCAUGCAGAGGGUAAUGGGAACAGGGUCCUCUUCCUGGUGAAUAACACUGUUAACAAGACUGAGACCCCAGAGGCCCCAAGUGAAAAGCCCCCUUGUGUCUCAUUCCCUGCUGUGGAGGUGGCCAAGACCCAGGACUACCAUAGACCUCAGCCUAUCCCCGAGGAGAUGCUGUGUGGUUGGUGGCGAGUGUCAGACAUGGAGGAACUACACAGUCUGGUCAAGGCCCUCCAUAGCCGAGGCAUCAGAGAGAAGGUCUUGCAGAAACAGUUCCAAAAACAUAUGGAGUAUAUGACCCAGCUCUGUGCCAACAGCAAAGAUGCGAUUGAUGUGGCAGAGCUGGAGAAGCAGGAGGUGAGUGAGAAAACAGUGGAGAGUUGGUGUGUUGAGGAGCAGGCCAUGGAGGUGGACAUCAGCCUGCUGCAGCAGGUCGAGGAUCUAGAGAGGAAAGUCAUCUCUGCAAGCCUGCAGAUCAAGGUACAGGGUUGGAUGCAACCUGAGCCCCAGUCAGAGAGUGAGGAUCUGGUCUAUCACGAGCACAAGCUCCUCUCUUCCCCGGCUCCGGAGAGCAAGGGUCAGAGAGGAAACAGCCCGGAGGAACUUCCUGGCACUGUGGUGCGGCGGCCUAACAAUCCCCUUGAUAUAGCUGUCAUUAGGUUGGCAGAGCUGGAGAGGAACAUAGAACGAAGCAGUGAGGAGGAGGUGGCUCCUGGGAUGAGGUUGUGGCAUAAAGCCCUUGGUGAAGUCCGCAGCUCAGCUCAGCUGUCUCUGUGCAUUCAGCAGCUGCAGAAAUCCAUCAGCUGGGAACGAUCCAUCAUGAAAGUGCACUGCCACCUCUGUCAGAAGGGGGAUAAUGAAGAACUGCUCUUACUUUGUGAUGGCUGUGACAAAGGCUGCCACACAUAUUGCCAUAAACCCAAGAUCACCACAGUACCGGACGGUGACUGGUUUUGUCCCACUUGUGUUGCGAAGGGAAGUGGUCAAUCCCCCCGGAGUAGGAGGCCACAGAGCCGAACAGCUGGGGGAGGGAAGAAAGGCAGUGAGGUAAAACGAAACACUAAGCCAUCUGUGGUAGGAGAGCUCAUCAAAGAGGAGGCUGCCAGCAGCAACAGCGUGCCAAAGAAAGGUACCAAGGAGUUCAAGAAGAGGAAAGGAGAUGACAGCCUGCCCAGCUCCCAGGCCAAGUAUGACAGCCCUGUCUCCUGUGCAAAAAAAGUCAAAAUGGCCAGAGACGACACAAAUGGGCUGGCAAUGUGCCGAGUGCUGCUGGCUGAGCUGGAGGCCCAUCAGGAUGCCUGGCCCUUUCUCACACCGGUCAACCACAAAGCUGUACCUGGAUACAGGAAAGUCAUCAAGAAGCCCAUGGACUUCUCCACCAUCAGAGAAAAACUCGCCAACAACCAGUACUUUAAUUUGGAGACUUUCAUCAUCGACGUGAACCUGGUUUUUGAUAACUGUGAAAAAUUCAAUGAAGAUGAUUCAGAAAUUGGACGAGCCGGCCACAACAUGAGGAGAUUCUUUGACCAACGAUGGACUGAACUGCUGUAGUAAAAAAUUUCAAGUGUGGACUUUCUGCGCUGCUCGCUACAUAUCAAACUUCCUCUUUGGUGUUGGAGGCCUUCUCUUCACCUGUGACACUAAAUCAGUAUACAGUUAUAACAACGCUGAUGUGCAAUGUUAGAGGACAAACACUCCUGCUGUAUCUGGUGAGAAAAAAAACACUUAAUGGAAUAAUAUCUUCAAGUGCAAUAUUGUUUUAUUUAUCAAAAUGCACUGACUCUUACACUCAAUAUUGUACUUGGGAAUUAAAUAUUUUCACGGUAGAUAAGUCAUUUACUUUUUUUUUAAAUCAUUAGUACUGCAGUAUAGCUUUGUGUAUAUGUGUAUUUAUUUUUCAAGUAUUUAUGUUUCAGUCUUUUCCAAGAAGAAGUAGGAGAUGGCACACAGCUUUAACAAAAUCUAAAGAUUGUUUUAUUGACUAUUGAACAAGCCAAUCAAAAAAUAAAUUGUUUACAGCAUUGUGACUAUAGGGUGCCAGCAGUACUACUGUUCGUCUGCAUUUGUGAGUUAAUUGUGUAAAAUACAAGAAGGUAUCACUGACACAUGUAUUGUGUUCAUUUCUGUCACUAUUUACAAGUCUUAUUUCUAAAAUGUACAGUGUGUACAUACAAAACAGUCUUGUUGAAUAUAUUGUCAAUGCAUAAGGAUGAUUGUAGCAUUUAAUAUAGUAUGUCUUACACAUUGCCUGUGCUGAAUAUCCACUCAAACACUGUGGUCCUCCUCAGUAUUGUAGUGCCUGGCCUCUGACCUCUUAACAGUGUAUGGAGGAGUGUGUGUGUGUGUGUGUGUGUGUGUGUGUGUGUGUGGGGUUUUUUUUUUUUCUUUUCCUCCCCAUUUUCAGUGUUUGUACUCUGUCCAGCACAAAAUACUGUAAGAAACCCGUACACGAAAUGUAAAAUUCUUAAGAGCUAUUCCUUUGAACUGAAUUGAUGUGGUGCAUAGUGUGUUUCAUCUCCAAGCAUUUCCUUCAACCAGAGUCUUGUCAGACAUCCUGUGGACAGCCGUGAAACCUGCACUGGGCUUUAAUUCAGAUGGGAGUCGGACAGAGUCACGGUCCACUGGAGGCAUCUCAAGACAGCUGAAGUCAGAAGACUUGAAGUAACUGUAUUUUAUUAUGAAAUGAGUAGCAACUUUUGUAGGAAUAUUAUUUUUAAAUAGUGGAUGUGUGGCACACAUAAAAUAAACCUGUUUUUCA